AAAACUGGAGUACCCGGAGAAAAACCUCUCGGAGUAAAGGAGAGAGCCAACAACAAACUCAACCUUCAUAUGUUGACGACCCCAGGAUUCGAACCUGGGCCACAUUGGUGGGGAAGCGAGAGCUCUCACCACUGCACCACCCUUUUUCUUAAGGUAUGAACUUUUGUACAAGUUAAGGAGAGGGUUUUAACUUAGUUUUGGAGCUUGGCUGCAAAUUACUGACUUGGAGAGAUCCCGACAUCAUGUAAAUGAAUAAAAUUGUCAUAGUGACACAAUACAGUUAUAAAAUUCGGUCACUUAAUGAACGUGAAGACGUGACCGUCACCAAUCAAAGGCAGUCAUUAACUUACGGAUACUGAGACCUUUGAAGUCUUCUUCCUAGUGAUAGCCCUCGGCCUUAACAAGAUGACUGCUAAUUUCCGAGUAAACACCACUUGAGCGGUUUAGUUAAUUAUUAACCACAGAGCAUCACUUAUAUCACGACUUGGAGAGAAAAUAAGAAAAUGCCUGCGACACGUUGUAACAUGGUUGCCUUCACAGGUGAUAUAGAAAGAUUGUAAGAAUAACAAAAAUAAAGAAAUUUACACUUCCAUGAAAAUAAAAGAUUUUCAUCUUUUUAUUUAAGGUUCAAUUAGGUUAAAGUCAAUUAGAAAAUAGAGAAAUUAUUAUCAUGUCCAGGUACCUGCUCCGAAUCUUGAUAUCACAUACACCUUCCUUUCACAUUUCUCAGCAUGAUAAAAAGAAAUCAACAGAACGAUCAAUUCAGUAUAUGAAUGCGCCUUCUUAAGUUGAAUAGCAAAUACUCUGUAAUUUGAAUUCAUUGUAUUACUGUCUGUUUUCCAGCGUUAUUUUCGCCUGGGAAUGAAGAUUAAGAAAGCCAGUUGCUCACAGAAAACACAGAUAAAGAAAGAAAAGAGUAAAGAAAAUCAAAAAGUGUUUACUUUUUGCGGAGCAGGUAUAUUUCUACAAAAGUCCCCCAGGAGACCGAAGACAAAUAGAAACUUUAUCUUUGAGCUAAAACAAGAAGUAUCCGUGUUAAAAGUUAAACAUUUUUUCCCAUCACAUUAUUUCCUUUGCUAUCCCUUUAAACAGGGUAGAAACCUCAAAAUAGGCCAGGGUGCCUGACAGAUACAAGGUAAUGCCCGACAUUUUCAUGAUUUUCUUUUUUAAUUUAACUUAAGGAAUGAUGCUCUACACUGUGACUAUUAGGCAAGGUUGUCUAGCCUGCGAGCAAAAUUUCCAUUUGGGAAAUAUCUUAAAAAGUCGAGCACACGCGCGAGCGAUAUCUCUCGAGGCUGCGACACUCGAUCGCUCUGCUCGCCCCAAUGGAGAGCUUACUCGCAGGCUAGACAUGGCCUAAAUUUAAGAGGACUGUUCAUGGGCGUUCUUAUUUUUUUUAAUCAGAUUAAGAUGUCACAGCACAGUGUGCACAGCACUUCUAACUACAAAUCAAAGUCCUCUGGUUACCCAUUGGCUACCUGAUACAAUUAUCUACGAAUUGGAGCUUAGCAUGCGCCAUAGUGGAAACUAAACUCUGUCUGCGAAACAGCGCCGAAAUCCUUGUUCUAGUCCCCCACUUGUGUACCAAGAUUUGAAUACGCGUCAGGAUUGACCGGUCAAAAACGCCAUUGUUGAUUUGCCAAUCAGAAUGAAAGGAAGUUCGAAACGCACUAAUUCCCAGGUCCAGCUCAGCUGGCCAUAUUAUUUCUCGUUCACUCCGGAUUCCGGAAUGCGAGAAAUUUUUGCUUGUGGUUUCAGGAAUCCUGGGCUUUGGCAUACGAAACACAGCUCAAAAUAUGCGGAAUUCUGCUAUAAUUGUUAUCCGAAAUCCAAGUACACUAGCAGAUAACCUACUGUCCAUUACAUUGAAUCUGGAAUCCACAUCUUGGAACCCAGAUUUCAUGACUGUCUUGGAUUCCCUUACACGGGAUGACUGA